AUGAUGAAUCCUUUCAGCGUGCUGAAGCAAUAUAUCUGGGAGUCUUCCCCAAUCCCUAUCAAGGAAGAUGUAUUUGAUCCAAAAGUGCACCUGAACUACACCCCACCUUCAAAGAAAUUUACAAUGGAAGACCUCCGUCUAAAUCAGAGUGCAACCGCAUCACCCAUUGCAGGAACAGUGCCAUUUCCAUUGUUGUCAGCCGAAGGUGUCAGAGCCUACCGAAGGGCCCUGUUCCAAAAGGAUGUUAUAGACAAGUGUGCCAGCUCGCCAUUCCCAGGAACUUUGGUCCUCCGUGAUGCGGCGAAACAGUCAAAGUUUGUCAAAGAUUUUUGGACACACCCCGAGACAAUGAGGAUUGUCUCUGAAGCAGUCGGUGUACCUCUGGAGGUGGUGAUGCCAACGGAAAUAGGGCACACCAAUAUUCAAGUUGAAGGCACUACCAUCGCAGAAAUGGCCAGUAAUCUCAAGCCUGAGCCCGCGUUAGAAAAAAUUGAGUUGAGUCCAGAAGACCGAGCUUAUGACCCUUUGAAAGAUGCUAGUUCUAUCAUUCCGUGGCACUAUGACUCGUAUCCUUACGUUUGCGUAUUGAUGCUGAGCGAUACUGAGGGUAUGAUUGGAGGCGAGACAUAUAUCAAAAAGGGAGACGGGGAGGCACAGAAGGUUGAGGGUCCCCAAAUCGGUCAUGCUGUCAUGCUUCAAGGUGGCGAAGUCUGUCAUCUGGCUGCCCGGGCAAAAGGUGUGAAGGAGCGGAUAUCGACCAUCACUUCGUACCGUUCUACAAUGCCAAACGUCUACGACUCCAGCUAUAUUACCAACAUUCGCCCUUAUGCGGAUACAAAGUCUCUCUAUCCUGAAUGGACACGAUACCGCUUGCGAAAAUUGAGAGAUGAGCUCACCCAUUAUCUCGACGAGAUAGAGAAAGAAGAAGACCCCGUCCAAGAGAGGAAGGAUAUACAAAAUCUGAUUGAUCAGCAGAUUGAUUAUUUACAACGAACCUCUCGACAGAUGGUUGAUCCCGAAUAUACUCAGGGAGUUUUGAGGAAGUAUGGCAGACCGCCAUACUAUGAUGCACCUAGAAUUUGGGAGACUGUUCAAUCACUACCGGAUUUCGAGAAACUUGCAUCAGCCGCAGAUGAUGAACGACGGUGGCAGCCUGAGAGUGUCUAUUGGAUGGACCUCCUGAGAUCCGUCGAAACAAUCCGGCUAGGAAAACCUCUUCAGAGUGCCCUUGGAACCGCUGUGCGGGAGAAGACAAGAAAGUACUAUAUGGGGGAUGAACUUCUGCGACAAGGGCUCAAUGAGUUGUUCUUGGAUUGGUUGGGAUACUCAGGUAUCUGGGAACUUUACUGCAAGAUUUGA